AGAACCACUGAUGUCAAUCAAAUUGUUCAUUAAUUAUUCAAGAUUAUUUAAAAAACCUACUUUUGCAAACUAGUCCUAGGUUUUUUGCCUGAUUGGAACCAAACCAAUCUGCUGCUCAUUGGCUCUUAUCUGACACAAUCCAUUCGGUUCAUGGAGCUCUUUUCUAACGAGCUGAUGAUCAGAAUCAGGUGUGGCCAAUAAGUAAGGCAGCACAGAGCAAUGAAACAGUGGAAUAUUCUCUAUUCUCCAACUAGCCCUAGGUUUUAAACUCAAAAUAAAAUAAAUAAAUAAAUAAAUAAAACAUCAAUGCAGUACAAUCCUCUCUCACCUACUCUCUAGGUCAGUAAUUAUCAAAUAAAAUGCUAAAUUUUUUGCAUUUGGACAGCUAUGACAGAGUCAUUUAAAAAUGUGGUCUUUAUAUAGUGUACCCAAAAGCCUAUAAAUCUUAAAAGAAAACCCCAAACUGUGUAAACUGAUACAUGAUGUAAUUCUAAACAAUCAUACAACAUUGUAUGGAGAUUGGGGGAAAAUGGCACUAUAAUAGUUAUCAACAUUAACAACUAUUAUGCCCAUGGUAAGGUCUCUGCAGUUAAUGGGCCUCAUUUAUCAAACGAUCGUACGACAAAAAACUGUGCGUACGAUCGUUUCUACGCAAAAUGUGUGAUUUAUCAAUAUGAACGUUUGCGGUGGCUACGAUCAAAUCUCACGUCAGCUCUGAGUUCGUUUUGACAUGUGGUUGAGCGCGUGUAAGCGCGUUACCCGUUUGAUAACUGAAGUUAAUAAUAAUAAAUAAAAUAUUAUUUUGUAUAAAAAGUGGUUUGGAUGUGAUUUCCUAUUUCCAUGGAGAGCUUGUUUUCUAUUCAAUAUGCAUAUUUAUUUAAUCAAUUAAUUGUUUUAAGUGUUUAACUAUAAUCUAACUAAUCAAUACAAUUACAAGCAUCUGGUAAAUUUGCAAAUUUGCAAGGUAAUUAACUACUUCUGAAAACUAUUUCAACAACACUUUCUGACCAUCAAUAAACAUAUAGGCCUAGAUAAUGGCAGAUCUGGCUCUAUUAGAGGACAUGCACGCGGCCCUAAGACGCGAACGGGUUUUUCUGGACCGCAGGGAUCUUUUAAUGGAAAGUGAUGAGUGGCUUUUAAGUCGCUUUCGUCUCCCAAGGCAUCUCCUUGUUCAACUGUGUGAAGAUCUGGAACCUCAGUUAAGAAGAGAAACCCGGCGUUCACAUGCCAUUCCUGUGCCUGUAAUGGUGCUUUCAACGUUAGGGUUUUUGGCUACCGGGACCUUUCAGCGGGAGAUAAGUGACAGAUCUGGAAUUUCACAGCCAACAUUUAGCAGAACCCUGCCAGCAGUGUUGGCAGCUAUUAAAUCACUUUCUCGUCGAUAUAUUCAAUUUCCCUUUGAUGAUGGUCAGCAGUCUAUUAUUAAAAGAGAAUUUUACAGAAUUGCGGAGUAUCCUAAUGUGGUUGGUGCAAUUGACUGUACGCACGUGCGAAUAAAAGCACCGUCCACGAAUGACUAUGCAUUUAUAAACCGCAAAAACUACCAUUCCAUCAAUGUACAAAUAAUUUGUGAUGCCAAACUGACCAUCCUUAACAUGGUGGCCCGGUGGCCAGGCGGCACACACGAUUCCUUUAUUUUACAGAACAGCAGUGUUGGCAUCAAGUUACGGGACGGCGCACUGCAGGGACGUAGUCAUUUACUUGGAGAUAAAGGUUAUCCCCUCACGGAAUACCUGGUUACCCCACUGGCAAACCCUGCAACAGAACAGGAACGCAGGUUCAACACUGCGCACAUACGCACACGAUCCACAGUAGAGCGCUGCAUUGGACUGCUUAAAGGCAGAUGGCUCUGUCUUGGUUCCGCGGGGGGAGCGCUACUGUACUCACCACAGAAAAGCUGCGACAUAAUCCUUGCCAGUGGGGUUCUACACAACAUCGCUCAGGGUAACGGGGUACCAGAUGAUGUUCAGAUGCUGCUGGAGGAGCGAAUGCCUAGAGAGCCAUGGCUAGCACAACCGCAUAUGAGGGCAGUACAGAGACGCCAGGAACUCGUUGAUCGUUUCUAA